GUGGUCUACUUUGUAUGUUGUCGAUUUAGGGCAAAAAAAAAAAGAAUCAAAUCAAGUACCAAAAAAAAUUUAUAUUUGAUAAAUAAGUCAAGUAAAAUUAUUCAAAGUAAGUACCUACUACAGAGUUCUAAGAAAGUCCUAGUAUUAUUUUUUAACCAUGAAUACAAUUCAUUAGUACAUUGCGUAAGUAAUCUAGGUGAAAUAAAAGACAAAAUCUCAAGAAAAAAAUUUAUUUAACUAAACCGGCUGGUGAUAAAUAAACAUGGUUACCUCGUACUACAUAAUGAAAAUGAACGAACCAAGCAAAGGCAUGGACAUUGAUGAAUAUUACAGUACCUUGCACAUUAAAGGCCUGAAAGUAUCUCCCAAACAACCACGAUGCAGAGUUUGUCUCAACAACGGAUCGAUCCCAAUAUUCAGCGUCGAAGACGGUUCAGAAAUUGCAGAUGCAUUGCAGAUAUUUGCCAACUUGGAGGUUGAUGAAGAUAAUGACUAUCCCAAACAUUUAUGUAAGAUCUGUCAUAAGUUUAUCAGAAGUGCGAUUUCUUUUCGUAAAGUAGCACAGCAAUCUGAUGAGGUUUUAAAGAAACACAUAAAGGCUGAGCAGUUUGAUUAUUACCAAGAUUCACAGGAAAACUUAGUGGAUGAACUUGAUAUACCAGAACAAUAUCUUGACGACAUAGACACAUUUGUUCCCACUCAUACUAAAAAGGAUAAAGAAAAAAUUAAAGAUGCCAAAGUCCAGUGCACUAUAUGCAAUAAAAUUGUUACAAGUGCAUACUUCAAGGAACAUGUAACAAUGCAUGAUCCAAAUCACAACAAAUAUGUAUGUGAUAUAUGCGGCAAGUCAUUCAGAUUGAGAUGCUCUUAUCAUAAUCAUAGUUUGAGGCACAGGACCGACUUUGCAUUCAAAUGCCAGUUUUGCCCUUACAAAGGCAGAUAUAAAGAGCUUCUGAAAAAUCACAUGCGUACACAUACAGGUGACUACAGGUACAUGUGCACAGAAUGCCCGGCCAGAUUCCUGUUCAAAAGCAAUCUAAACCGCCACAACUUAAUAAGGCAUAGCACACCCCAACAUAAAUGUGAUUCCUGCAAAAAAGUGUUUCACACAAAAUUAAUACUCAAAAGCCAUUAUGAUGCUCAGCAUUUAGGUUUAAAAAAUCAUGUAUGCGAUAUAUGUGGCAAGGCAUUUGGGUAUAGAAACGCAAUGAUGAAGCACCAAAGGCAUGUUCAUAAAAGGGCUAAAUUGUCAUUCUCAAGAAUGCCAUCAUAUUUACAGGCUGAAAACAAAAAUCUUAAUGCUGAAUAUCUGUAAAAAUUUUUUUUCAAAUUAAUGCCUGUUAGUUACUUUAUAUAAUAUGCAGCCGGUAUUUUAGAUUAUUACGAAUAUAAUUAUAUGUGAAUUAUGCGUGUAUUUAGUGCAUAAUAUAAUUAUUACAAUUUAUAAAAA